GAGGAAGCGGGACGUGUGAGGCCACUUCCUGCGUGCUGGUGGCUUCCGGCGGCCUUCCCGUCUUCGCUCUCUUUUCCGCUGCUUGAUCACCGCCAUCAUGGGUCGCAUGCAUGCUCCCGGGAAGGGCCUGUCCCAGUCGGCACUGCCUUAUCGCCGAAGCGUCCCCACCUGGCUGAAGUUGACGUCUGACGACGUGAAGGAGCAGAUCUACAAACUUGCCAAGAAGGGUCUGACUCCCUCACAAAUCGGUGUGAUCCUGAGAGAUUCACAUGGUGUUGCACAAGUACGUUUUGUGACAGGCAAUAAAAUCUUGAGAAUUCUUAAGUCCAAAGGACUUGCUCCUGAUCUUCCUGAGGACCUCUACCAUUUAAUUAAGAAAGCUGUUGCUGUUCGGAAGCAUCUUGAGAGGAACAGAAAAGAUAAGGAUGCUAAAUUCCGUCUGAUUCUGAUCGAGAGCCGUAUUCACCGCCUGGCUCGAUAUUACAAGACCAAAAGAGUCCUCCCCCCCAAUUGGAAAUAUGAGUCAUCCACAGCCUCUGCCCUGGUUGCAUAAAUUUGUCUAUGUACCCAAGCAAUAAAGCCGUUGUUUAACUAGAA